GGUUUUAAACUCACGUGCCCGUGUCGCAGUUUGAGUUCAGUUCACCCGUGAUUGUCACUCUGUCCGGUCGCACUAUGGACAAAGGGAAACCAUCCAUUUGGACUUGGGCAAGGGAUUCAGCUAUAUUGGUAAUCACCAUCGUGUCCAUUUUCGCUGCGUUUAGCAACAGCCUCACUUGGCAUUUACAACAACUUUGGGGAGCUUCUGGGGAUUUUUGGCAAGCGCGAUGGGACCAGUUCCUCGAUCGUUUUGGAGACGAUGAGGCCGUACUCUUUAUUUACGGAACAACGUUAUUGACGAUGAGCCUGUACUGGGGCGUCGGUUUAAUCUACGUUUUGAUGGAUCGCUUUAAUUGGCCCAAGUGGAUUCGUAAAUACAAAGUUCAACCCGGUACAAAUGAACCUGUGGAUACGAAGCGCCUCGUUUCUGCUUUCGGUCAGGUAUUGUUUAACCAAACAGUCGUUGGCAUCCCAUUCGCAGCCUUUGGUUACUGGAUGAAGCCGAAACCUGGCAUGCCCGUUCGCGUACUGCCAACUUUCAGUAGCGUCCUAUUAGAACUGGCCGUUUUUAUGGUCGUCGAAGAGAUUUUCUUCUACUAUUCUCACAGGCUAUUGCAUCAUAGACGACUGUAUAAACACAUUCACAAGAAGCAUCACGAGUGGACUGCCCCAAUAGCCGUAACAGCAAUUUACUGCCAUCCACUUGAGCAUUUAUUGUCCAACGUAUUACCUCCAGCACUAGGCACAAUCAUCAUGAGCUCUCACAUUUCCACGUCGUGGCUCUGGUAUUCCAUGGCUAUCCUGCGUACAUUAAACGAUCAUUCCGGCUACCAUUUGCCAUUUUUCCCUUCGCCGGAGGCCCAUGAUUUCCAUCAUCUCAAAUUCACCGAAUGUUUCGGAUUUCUGGGAAUUCUUGAUUAUCUUCACGGUACCGACCAGAUGUUCCGCUCUUCACCCGCGUUCAAACGUCACGUGGUGUCCCUGUCAACGCAACCCCUUCGCGCACAGUUCCCCGACCAAAACAAAGUUAAAAUCCAUUCGAACGGCGAAUAAA